AAGCCCUCGUCUUUGUGGGCUGUGGCACCGCCCGACCGCCGGCUCCGAUCAUGGCCGGCGACGGCGACCUCGCCUCCCGACGCCUCUGCCAGCAAGUCGCCCUCGCCUCCGACCACGACUUCGCGUUCCAACUCCAGCUCAACGAGGCCAUCCAAGCUUCCCUCCGCGCCCAUACUCCCAAUCGGCCCUCUUCCAGGGCCGCCGCCGCCGCCACCGCAUUCUGCUCUUGCAGCUCUUGUCAACCCGUCUCUGCGCUCUGGUCCUCCGAAGUCGCACUCGCCGAACUUGCGCGCCAAGAGAAGAACCGCCGCGACGCCCAGGCCUUCCGCGCCGCCCAUGCCCAGGCAAACACCUCCGCCCGCGUGGCCUCCCGCGGCGCCCUCUUGGCGCGCGAGCUCGCCGGCACUCCAGACCUCCGACGGGCCCACGGUGGGGACCUCCUUGAGCGACCUCUGGACCCAAGCCGCUCCCCAUCCUCCCGCGUCUUCUACAAGGGCUUGUCGAACAAGGAGGGCGCCGGGGGGUGGUGGGUCGUCCCGGGCCCCCGCGUAGCGGUGCUCGCUGUGGUCGUGUACGAUCCCCAGGGGAAGGUGGUGCGCACCAUACAGAAGCGCGUGGAAAGGUUUGUGGGCGGACGCAUGGAGCUCGAGGUGCUGGCGCUCAAGGAAGGCAUCCAGGCUGCGCUCGAGCUGGGGAUACGAUGGGUUAACAUCGUCUCCGACUUCAAGGCGCUGCACAAAUAUAUGCUUGGAACUUGGCGUCCCACAAAGAACAAGAGUGAACAUUUGGUAAAUGAGGCUCUUUCCAGGCCAUCUAUAGAACGAUACCCCCCACCCCCAGCGGUAAAGGCUUCCUUACCGCUCGACUCUGCCCCUCACCCGCGACUCGCUCCUCCCCUCGAUCCGCCCCGCGCCGCCGCCUCCCUUCCAGUCCAGCGACGCCGCGCCACCGCCUCCCCUCGACCCCCUUCGGUCCUCUCCUCCUGGUCCAGCCGGCGGGUUGACCUCGCCGCAUUAGUCGCCGGGAACGACCACGCCACCCGCCUCCGACGCCGAUGA